AAUUAAGGAACGCACUUGAAGUUCUCAUGGUUUAAAAUUUGUUAUAUUAUUUUUACCCGCUCAAUUUUUAUGACGUUUAAAUUGUAAUGAAUGUUAUUAUGAAAGAUAUGUUUUUUAGUUCUACGUAGUUUUGUUAGUACAUAAUGAAUUAAUUAAAUGAUAACAUUGUUGUGAUAGUAUUUUCGUAAAUAGAACUGUAAUAUUGCCGUCUGAAGACUAGUCUGAAGUACCUGUGUGUGUUUUGUAACCUAAGUUCCUUACAAACAUUUGUUUGUUUAUUUUAGAAUAUGAAGAUGAACAGUAUUUUAGCCUGUUGGUGUUUAUUGCUUAUAUUUUCGAGCUCUGUUGGACUUUCCGGUUCGUCUUUCUUGGACUGGUUUUUGCCCUCGUCCAUCCAUGUGGACAAUGAUGGUACUGACAUUCAAGCCGUCUUUACAACGUCUCACCUCAAAUCUGACGAAGAAAGAUUUUUGGAAGAGGCAAAGGAACACUUGAAAAUGUCGCCUAAUGACAUUUGUCAACAUAAGAUUAUGCUGAAGUUGAAGUCUUCUUGUUCAGCAUUGUCUGAAGAAGCCCUUUUAAAGAUCAGUGUCAACUUGCUGAACUGUCAAUCAGAAAUUGAAGGCCGAAAGAUAGUUGCUUGCACAGAAGAAAUGACUUUGAAGGAAUGCACGAAGGCAAUGGAUACAACUACUUGGAAUUUAUAUCAUAUGAUGAGUGUGAGAGCCAAAUCUGUGUGCUAUUUGAGGAGGCAGCAACAGUUUAAUGCAUAUUCUGAUAUGAUGAUGAGCAGAUUGACAAGUGCUGCACAGAAUCAAGCAGCGACUAUGUCUUUGCUGGAGGAGAUGCAAGAGAAGCUUCAAUUAAUGGCAUUUGAAACUUUUGGCUUUCUAUCAAAAGCUCAAAAAGUGUUGGAAGUGAGAGAGACCAAAGCAACUGCCCAGAAAAAGAAGCUUGAUGAAGCUAUAGAGGCAAACAUACAGGCUGUUGAGGCUCAUAGGGUUCUUAUAGCCGAAGCAAAAGAAGAUCUCUCAAUAUUUGUAGAAGACAUCAAGAGCACUUUUGAUGCUUCAGGAUCUACAAAUAUCAAUAGUACCCACAUACAGGAAGUGCAACAGGAUAUCUUAGCCUUGCUAAGCAAAUUUAAAAAUAAUUCAGAAACAUAUUGGAAGAAAAUCGAUGCCAGUUUUUCUGCAUCUCACAUUGUAUUGCAGAAGAUAAGAUUGCAGAAGGAAGAAUUAGUUUACAAGAUUAAUGCCAUAAGUAAUGUUGUAAACUCUACAAUUACAGCUAUGAGAAAUGUUGUCAACAAUACCAUUUUUGUUCUCAGUGGGUUGUUUUGUCUUGUGUGUGAAAAAGGUGACCCAACUGCCAGAAUCUGGUGUUAUGUUCAAAAUAUCCUAUUAAUAGUGGGUACUUUACUGCUCUGGUUUUUCUUGCGGCUGGAAUUUCGGACGUUUCUGUUGAUCAUUCAUUGCAAUUUCAUCCUGUAUCACUGGCGUCUGAAUUACCCAUUCAAGAAUUCAAGCCUUACCGUGGAGAUAUUUUGGUUCAUAAUAGGUUUGUGGUUUUGUUUAAAACUGUUUAAGUUUAUAUUGAAACAAAGAAAUGUAUUCUCGAUUGAGAGUUCUGUUGUGGCUCAAAGGAUCGUGGGAAGAGUUAGUAGUGUUGAACACUUGAUCAAAAACUUUGUAGGUGCAAUUUGGAAGAAAAUUGUUUCAACUUUUACAGGAACAAACUAUCACCAUAAACAGAAUGUUCCGAGAGAAUCGCACUUACCGGGUCAACCUCUGGAUACUCUGCAGCACUCAGAUUCUCAUCCUUCACGUGUGCCUACACCACCAUAUCAGCCUUCAUUCAGGCCAACAUCUUCACGUCAGUCCUCACGCACACCUACACCUUUACGUUGGCCGUCUACAUCGACUUUGCAGUCUCCCACUUCGGCUUCACCUGCGUACUUCCGUUCAUCAACACCUGUACCUUCCGUUGCCAGCUCUUCUGUGUCUACAAUACUUGAGCAAUCAAGUUUUCAUUCAGAUACCUCUGACAGGAACCCAUCCUGCAGAGCUAUGUGCAAAACUGGGAAGUUAUGCCGUAAAACUGCACUGAUUGGUGAAGAAUUCUGCUAUACCCACUUGAGGUGAAAUACAAAAAGUAGGUCAUGUGUUAUAAAAAGGGUGGAAAAUUGUUUAUUGAAAGUUUGUGAAAUUGGUUCAUCAGAUAUUUGUAGACAUGCUGAUUUCUGCUGCCAGCAGUAUGUGGAAAAAAGUUAAAUUCCAUUUUUCAGAAAUUGUAUAAUGUACAGAAAUAAAAAAAAACAUAAAAGAGA